ACUUCCGCAGCGACACAAUCCAAGGGCCCGUCCGGCAGUGGCACACCAACCCGCCGCCCCGCCACGGGCGCGCGCGCGAACACUGGGCCCCACCUGGCAGCAAUUCGCCCCCGGCCCCCAUACAAAUAUCCGGCGCGUCGCGGCGUCGGCGUCGGCGUCGUUUACCAGUCUUCUCACCCGGUCGCCGGUCUUGAGCGACCGCCUCGCUACUUCCUCCUACCGGCGCAGGCACACGGUUUCCGCGCCAGCAAGGGGUGCCCACCGCAAAGAUCCGAUCGAUCAGAUCAAAAGGGAAUUCCUGAAAAGGAGAGAGGAGCACCCUUCCUCGCCAUUUCCGUCCAAGUGUUUUCCCGAGGAGUCGUGCGUGCCUGCUGGCGCUGGGGCGGCUGGACGGGAGCAUUGCUGGCCGCGGCGGAGCCCGGCGCUCGAGUCCCUUCUCUCCUCUCCUCUCCUCUCCUCUGCGGGGGGCAGCCUUUUAUUUGACAACGGUAUAAAGAAAUCAAGUACAAAUGAAGAGGCACAUCUCUGCCCAGUAUUUGAUGACUGAAGAUAGGUAGCAGUAUGGUAGCUGCUACAAUUGCGGGAAUGUUUCUUGUGUGUUUUGAGUCCCUCUGCACCUGUUUUGGCACAAAAAGGAAAGAUGAAAGCGAAGACCAUGUUCUUGCAGAACAUUCCAAUUCCUUGAGUUCUUAUCAAAUGAGGUCGGUUUCUGAUAGAAUUUCUGCAAGCUCGCUUCGAGCACCUGCAAGUCCAUCUAGAUUUUCAUUGUCUUCGCCACCAAGCAGAAAUGAACCUUUAAACAUCAGUCUUGAACAUGUGGUUAAACUGACACAUAACUUCGCUCCGACCUUGAUGAUUGGUGAAGGUUACUUUGGAAAGGUCUACAGAGCGACACUGCGAGAUGGGCGUGUAGUAGCUAUUAAAAGGGCAAAGAAGGAAAAUUUUGUUUCUUUACGUACUGAAUUCAGCAACGAAGUCGCAUUACUAAAAAGUAUUGAACAUAAGAACUUGGUCCGAUUGCUUGGUUAUAUUGACAAACCCAAUGAACGAAUUCUCAUAACAGAGUAUGUACCAAAUGGCAAUCUUAGGGAGCAUUUGGAUGGUCAACAUGGCCUAGUUUUGGGAUUUAAUCAGCGGCUUGAAAUAGCUAUAGAUGUUGCCCAUGGGUUGACUUAUCUGCAUCUCUAUGCAGAGAAGCCCAUAAUACAUAGGGAUGUGAAGUCAUCAAACAUUCUACUGACAGAAGGCUUCAUGGCCAAAGUGGCUGACUUCGGAUUUGCAAGAACUGGUCCUACUGAGCCAGGCCAGUCACAGAUUGAGACUGAUGUGAGAGGAACAGCAGGGUAUUUAGAUCCAGAGUAUCUGAGAUCAAACCAUCUUACGAUCAAGAGCGAUGUGUUCUCUUAUGGUGUUUUGCUUCUAGAAAUCCUUUCAGGACGUCGUCCUAUUGAGGCAAGGAGGGGUCCAACAGAAAGGAUUACAGUGAGAUGGGCCUUCUAUAAGUACAACAGAGGAAAUGUUAGGGACAUACUGGAUCCAAUGUUAACAGAAGCAGUGAACGAGAAUAUACUGAAUAGAAUCUUUGAUCUGGCGUUCCAGUGUGUCGCUCCUACCCGCGAAGACAGACCAUCCAUGAAAGAAGUUGUGGAGAGGCUGUGGAAGAUAAGAAGGGAUCAUACAAAAAUACAAAGGAUAGCAGAAUUGACUCUCUGAAUCCUUGAACCAGCUGAUCCCGGUUGCCGUUUUUGCUUGAGGGAACAUGGAUCAGUUCCUAGUGAAGACCAAAGGUCACCACAUAAAAAUAAUGCAAAUUUUGUGGUUGUGAACAACUGGAACUUUGUACAGGGUUGCAAAAUUGUUGUUGUAUUAUGUUGUAUUGUACAUGGCUCUAUGUUCAAGAGAUCAAGGUGCCGAACAAUGGCCUGUGAUCGAUGAUUUCCCUGUGUAGCCACUAGCCCGUUUAUCAACAUAAGCUGUUCAGUGAUCUGUAAGGCACAAUGUAGCUUCUGUGUAACACCUGCAUUGUUGGAUGAGGCUUUUAAAACAGUUAGAUAUGAAUAAAAUCUUUGGCUAGUUUCUUCUGUA